CAAUCUCUCAUUUCCCAUUUUGCUCUUCAAAAAAAGCGAAGAAGAAGAAGAGAAGUGCAAUAAGAGAAAAGAAGAGAAGAGAAAGAUAGAAAACCAUGGUGAAGUUCUCAAAGGAGCUUGAAGCUCAACUAAUACCAGAAUGGAAAGAUGCCUUUGUUAACUAUUGGCAGCUCAAGAAACAUAUAAAGAAGAUCAAGCUCGCUAGAAACAAGAGACCAACUCAACUUAACCAUGGUUUUGGUCGUUCUAUUGUCGACCCCAUUCGUUUCAUUGCCAUGAAACUACUUUCAACCAAGCUGUUCUUCAGCUCCAAUAACAACACCAAUACUGACGAUGAUGAGACCGUAAAGGAGGAUGCUUCUGAUCAUGAAGUAGAAUUCUAUCAAACUGAGCUUCUUCAAUUAUUUUCUGAAGAAGAUGAGGUGAGGGUAUUUUUUGAGAGGUUGGAUGAAGAGUUGAAUAAGGUGAAUCAAUUUUACAAGACUAAAGAGAGUGAGUUUCUUGAGAGAGGAGAGGCUUUGAAUGAUCAACUUCAAACCCUAAUGGACUUGAAGCAGAUACUCGACGGCAACCGACGACGGAAGCCGAAUAUCCUUCCGCGUUCAUCGUCAUCUUCUCGUCGCAACUCCGGCUUCUCGGAGAGUCCCUUAGGAUUAAACGAUGGUUCCACAGAAAUCUCAGAUGAGAUAAUCGCAGCAUUUGAAAGGAAUGGAGUGAAAUUCAUGAACUCACCGGCGGCUGCGGCGGCGGGCGGCGGGGCCAAGAGGAAGAAAGUUGAGAAGCGGAAGGCUGCGAUGAGGAUCGACAUCCCGGCCACGACACCGACGAGCGCCAUCUCAGCUGUGACAUCAAUGCUGUGGGAGGAUCUAAUCAGCAACUCCACGAAACAAGAUUCGACAGCGGGGCAUUCCAUCAACAGAAAGAAGAUCCAAUGUGCUGAAAAGAUGAUUAGGACCGCUUUUGUUGAACUCUACAGAGGCCUUGGCCUCCUCAAAACUUACAGCUCCUUAAAUAUGGUGGCUUUUACAAAGAUACUCAAGAAGUUUGACAAGGUAUCCAAACAACAAGCAUCAGCAAGAUAUUUGAAAGCAGUGAAGAGAUCCCAUUUCAUUAGCUCUGAUAAGGUAGUUAGACUAAUGGAUGAAGUGGAAUCCAUAUUCACACAGCACUUCGCCAACAAUGACAGGAAAAGGGCUAUGAAGUUCUUGAGACCUCAGCAGCACAAAGAUUCUCACUUGGUCACCUUUUUCUCUGGAUUGUUUACAGGCUGUUUUGUAUCACUAUUUGGUAUAUACAUAAUAUUGGCACACUUGUGUGGUAUAUUCUCAGCUACUACUGGCACUGCUUACAUGGAAACUGUCUACCCUGUUUUCAGUGUAUUUGCAUUGUUAAGCUUGCAUAUGUUCUUGUAUGGGUGCAAUAUGAUGAUGUGGAAGAACACAAGAAUAAACUACAAUUUCAUAUUUGAGUUUGCACCAAACACAGCCCUUAAAUAUAGGGAUGCCUUUUUAAUUUGCACCACUUUGAUGACUUGUAUUGUUGGGGCUUUGCUUAUUCAUCUCCUCCUCACUGCUGCUGCCAUUUCUCCUUCUCAUGUUGACACCAUUCCUGGAUUUCUGCUCCUGAUUUUUAUAGCUUUGCUGAUCUGCCCGUUUGACAUCUUUUACCGACCAACUCGUUAUUGCUUCCUUCGAAUAAUGCGCAACAUAAUUUGCUCUCCACUGUAUAAGGUUUUGAUGGUAGAUUUUUUCAUGGCUGACCAACUUACUAGUCAGAUUCCAUUGCUAAGACACUUGGAAUCAACAGCUUGCUAUUUUCUUGCUGAAAGCUUCAAAACUCACCAAUAUACCUGCAAAAACGGAAGCCUUUACCGACAGUUCGCUUAUGUUAUCUCGUUUUCGCCUUAUUAUUGGCGUGCCAUGCAGUGUGCAAGAAGAUGGUUUGAUGAAUCGGAUCCGAACCAUUUGGCUAACAUGGGGAAGUAUGUUUCGGCAAUGGUGGCUGCCGGUGCUCGGCUAACGUAUGCGACGCAGAGCAACAGCCUGUGGUUUGGUGUAGUUCUGGUGACUUCAAUAGUGGCCACUGUUUACCAAUUAUAUUGGGAUUUUGUUAAAGAUUGGGGACUUCUUAACCCUAAUUCCAAAAACCCUUGGCUUAGAGAUGAUCUGAUGCUAAAGAACAAGAGCUUUUACUACAUUUCCAUUGCCCUGAAUGUAGUACUAAGAGUUGCUUGGAUAGAAAGCAUCACACGGUUUCGAAUCAAUCAAGUUCAGACACAUUUGCUGGACUUCUUCUUGGCUUCCCUAGAGGUCAUUCGACGAGGGCAUUGGAAUUUUUACAGGUUGGAGAAUGAACAUCUAAACAAUGCCGGCAAGUUCCGAGCAGUAAAGACCGUCCCAUUGCCAUUCCGUGAGAUGGAUUCUGAUUGAAAUCCAUGAAAAUUUCAUGAUCAGAGAUGACAUAGAAGCCAAACAAGCCAACUGCAAUUCUAACUGGUGAUUUGCUGAUAUCUGAAUCAAUCUGAUGUAUUAGCCAAUACGCUUUACUCUCUCUAUUCAUUAUCCUGCAAAUGAUUUUUGCUUUUUUUUUAAGAUUAUGUGAUUUCUUUGCCACUGAGAUUAUUAUAAUUCAAUUGAAGUCUACAAUUUUUCUUC